AUGCGUCGCCCACCAACCCCGGGGCCCAGCCGCAGGAGGCCAUCAACAACACACACCCACAUGCCCAUGCCGCUCUCCACCCCAGACACCACACCCUCCCCGACCGAGUCCCCCACGCUCCCCAUCACCCCUCACCACCCGGCUCGGCCCCGCGCAGUCUCGUCGCACUCAGCACUCCCCUCGCCCAUGGCCAGCAUCCAAAAGUACAGCGACGCACUGCGCCGCGCACUUUCCGCGCGCUUUGAGGCAGUCGCCCUUGCCGGCCAGGCGGCAGUCCUCCCAGAAGAGGCUGCCACCGACCCAGACUAUGGCUACGACGAGGACCCCUUUGACACCCGUGCCCGUCUCCUCCUCUCGUUCGCCGAGCACCAAGACGCUGCCCAGUCGUCGACCACUACCCCACCAGUACCACCUCUCCCCACAGUUUCGGCCAUCCCACCCACCGCCUCUGCCCCGCCACUCGUCGAGCACGUGUUUGAUCUGAGUGAAGCGUAUGAGGUCGAGCUCGCAUCGCCUCGCUCUCCCCCACGAAGAUGGAGCAUGACAAGCAGCUUUAGCAACCGCGACUCGUUUGUGGACGGUGCUGAAACGCCCAACUCGGGCAUAUCUGUGUGGUCCGAAGCAUCGUUCGAGGCCGGCCGCUCGUCCGACUACGUAUCGCUCUAUGGCCGCCCGCGGUCUGUCGACUACCGCGACCUCGCCCUCGAGCGCGGCGGCAGCGAACGUUCCCAACGCAGCGUCCGGAGCGAAUACAACACCAGCGAGCGUCGCAGUUCACUGCUCGCCGGUUCGAUCCGGCCCCUCACGGUUGUCACUCCAUCACCGCAGCCUCGCCGCUUGCUCCGCCGCCCAAAGCCUUACGACACGAGCAACGGCAACAGCAGCAGCGUCGCCAACACCCCUACUCCACCCCCGUACGACACCUACUACGAGACACCAAACCUCGCCCGCACCACCAGCGAGUCCAUGAUCCUCGCCGCCGGCCUCGCCGUCCAGCGCAGUCGCCCGACUGCCAGGGCAUAG